UUUAAUUCAAAAUAUUACAUGAGUGUUCCUUUGGCACAACAUUCUCAUAGUAGACUUGCUGUUCAAACAAUGGCUUCUAUGAUAAUAGGUAGAAUAAAUGAAGGCGAGAAUAGUUUAGAUGGUGGUACCUCUUUUGUAAAUUUAACUUCUUUUGAUGGUCAAACUAAUUCUUCAGCUAAAAGUGCUACUUUCUUCAAUGAUGAUCAUAUGCGAAUUAUUAAAUUUAAUCGAUAUAAACUUACAAGUGCUACCGAUGAUAGAUUCCUCCCAGGACAUUUUAUUGAGUUGCAAGCUAAAGUAAAGGGUCAAGUAGUAGUUAGAAAAUAUAAUCCCUUGGGAGCUCGUGGACCAUUUUCUACUGCAAUAUACCCACCUGGAUCACCAUCUUUAAUUGGUCCUAAAUUAUCUCCUUCUUUACGUGGAAUUGCAAAAACUCCUUUAUUAAAUCCAAAUAAUCCUAAUGGCUGUUGGAGUGAAUUGUACAUGAUUGCUG